AUGACUAAAGUUUUAAAUCAUUUAUUGGAAAAUCUUGAUUCAACUAAAACUAAAAGUAUACGUUUCCCAUUCGUUAAAAGUUUACACUUUAAUGAAGCUCGUUCAAUCAAUUAUAACAUUGGGAAAUUUCAAUUCCCACAAGUAAGUGAACUUUACUUUUACAAUUUCCAUGACGUUUCAUCUUUUAAAGCUAUUUCAAACCUAGAAUUACCAUUAUUGCAAACCAUGAGGAUGACUGAUGAUUCACAAACAAUUAGUAAUAAAAAAUCAAUACUUCAUGCUGUGAAAUUUGAUAAAUACAAGAGAUCAAACGAUAUAGAGUUGGUAAUUUAUGAUAAAGAGUCAAAUAAUGAUGUAAUUGGUUCAGUUUUCAAUUGUGAUCUGGAUGGCGUUUCAUUUGAUACGGGGUUUCUCGAAGUGUUGAAGAUUUCCAAAACUCUACCCAUCAGGCUUACAUUAUCAAAGUCUUUAUCAUCUAGUGGUAUCGCAGAUCUGAUGACUAUUGUCUCUUCUACAGUGGAGUCAUUAUGUUUUGUGAAUACCUCCUGGACAUCCUUAGUAUGGUGCGAAGGUUUUGACCCUAGAAAGUUGGAGUUGCCAAAUAUCAAGACAUUUGCAAUGGAGUUCUCUACCCUUACCAACAAUUCUUUGACUUUUGGUUAUCCCACUUUUGAACGUAUACUUCUAUCUAAUUAUUCAAAGAAAGUUUUACCAAUGAUUGACUAUUUCCCAUUUGAUGAGUAUGAACAUUUGAAGGAACUUGUUGUAGGUUCUGUGGUUCAAUGUAUCACUGUGGAUCGUGAAAUUGGGACUCGUGUUAAUCCAUUUGGAGCUGUUAAAAGUUUAUUUUUGCGAAAUGUUCACGCAUUGGAGAUGGUUAAUAUUUUUACAAUUAUGAAUGUUGAUGCACCAAGGCUUGCUCAUUUGAAGCUUGAAUUUAGUGGUAAGGCUAAUACUCAAAUUAGAUUGAUGAACGGCAAUGCUCCAAACCUAUUAACAGUCAGUACAUCACAUCCUAAUUGUCUUUCAGCUAAAGAAUUGGAAAAAUUGGAUGAACCAAAAUUGGAGGAGGUUGAUAUAGAUGAAACUACGCUGAAGGAUUCUUCUAUUGUGUUUCAAAAUUUACAAUCGCUCAAAACUUGUAAUUAUCAUCUAUGGCAUGGGAAAUUUAAUCCUUCAGUUUUGGUAAAUUUGGAAGUUGUGUUUCCAUCAGCAACUUCUAGAUCAGGUUAUGCUGAAUUAGUAAAUACAGAGUUUCCUUCACUGGAGAACUUGGACAUUGACGUUGAUGAUGCGGUUGAUCUUUUGAAAUUUCCUUUUAAUUAUUGUUUCCCAAAAGUUUCAAACUUAAAACUAUCUAUUGUUUACAACUUGUCAAUUUUUUUUGCAUGUCAAUUGUCAAAAUUCCCUAAUUUGAAAGACCUAUAUGUGGUGACUGAAGAUGAGCACAUCAAAUUGGAUGGCUGUCAGUUUGGACUCAUUGAAACAUUAAAUCUGUUUGCCAAUCAUGCAAAAACAUUUGAAUUGACAAACUGUUCCUUUGAAAAAUUAAAUAAUUUUGAGUUUUGUUCUUUAUUGGGACGCUAUUCUACACAUGGGAAACUUGAAAUGUAUGCUCCCUGUCUUAACAAUUUUGCAGUUGAUUUGGACAUGGAAAGUAUUGACAUUUCCAAAUUUGGAAGUAAGAAGCUCAGAACUAUAUCCCUCAGUGGUCUAAUAACUGAUAUUGAACAUUUGCAAUCUUUGAAAAUAGCACAACCUUUUUUCAAGCUCAACUACGGAAAAGAACCAUAUUACCUUUCAUCAUUGAGACUUCCAAAAUCUAUUUCAAGCCUUUUAAAGGAUGCUAUUGAAAAAUUAGAAGAUCUUGCAAAACAGAAAAAACAGCGUAGUCAAUGA